GAAGUGGUGGCAGCCGGGGGACGGAGAGAACCCAAACACCUCCCCCCCCCCCACGCCCCCGGUCCAGCGGGCACCGCGGGGUCACCCCGGGACCUGGGCCGGGACCCCCGGACACCGGGACCCCCCCCUUCCAAACCCAUCGCCGUGGCCCCUUUAAGGCGGCUCCGCGCUCCGCCCACCCUCUCGUGACGAACGUUCCCGUUGGCCAAUGGCGUGAAGGCAGUGGGCGGUCGCUCCGCCGCGAUGGCCUCCAGCGGGGAGGAACCGAGGAGCGGCUCCCCGAACCGGGCCGGCACCGACACCGGCACCGAACCAUCGGCAGCGGCUGACGCUGCUCAGCUGGACACGGCGGAGGAUUUCGAAGUCCUGGAAGAGGAGGAAGAGGAGGAGGAAGAGGACCUGAGCGAGCUGCCCCCGCUGGAGGACGUGAGCAGGGUCCCGGUACCGGCCCAGCAGAGCGGGGGGGAAGCGGCAGAGGAACCGCCGGACUGGGUCGACGUUUUGGGCAGCGGUUUGCUGAGGAAGAAGACGCUGGUGGCCGGGCAGGGGGUGGACACUCGUCCCCGGAAGGGUCAGGAGGUGACAAUUCGUCUGAAGACCUCGCUGGAGGAUGGGAGGGUGGUGGAGGAGGAGCCCACCCUCACCUUCACCCUGGGGGACUGCGACGUUCUGCAGGCUCUGGACCUGUGUGUGCAGCUCCUGGAGAUGGGGGAGACAGCUCUGAUUGUGUCAGAUCCCAAAUACUGCUAUGGUGCUCAGGGCAGGAGCCCUGAUAUCCCCCCCAAUGCCACCCUGACUCUGGAAGUGGAGCUGCUGGGGGCUCGGGAUGCACCAGACCUGGAGCUGCUGAGUGGGCAGGAGAAGCUCGAGUUGGCAAACCGCAAACGGGAGAGGGGAAACUUCUUCUACCAGCAGGCAGACUACGUCCUGGCCAUCAACUCCUAUGACAUUGCCCUCAAAAUCCUCAGCUCCAGCUCUAAAGUUGAUUUCAGCCCUGAGGAGGAGGCUGAGCUGCUGGAGGUGAAGGUGAAAUGUCUCAACAACUUGGCAGCUUCUCAGCUGAAAUUGGACCAUUACGAGGCAGCCCUCAAGUCCUGUAACCUCGUGCUGGAGCACCAGCCAGGGAACAUCAAGGCCCUUUUCAGAAAGGGCAAGGUGCUGGCUCAGCAGGGGGAAUACAGGGAGGCCAUCCCCAUCCUGAAGGCAGCGUUGAAGCUGGAGCCUUCAAACAAGACCAUCCACACCGAACUCUCCAAACUGGUGAAGAAACACGCGGACCAGAAGCACGUGGAGACAGAGAUGUACAGGAAGAUGUUGGGGAACCCCAGCACCCCCGGAGCUCCGGGGAAAUGCAAAGACAAAGUGCCCUGGUCCAUCCCUUGGAAGUGGCUCUUUGGUGCCACAGCCAUCGCCCUGGGCGGUGUGGCCCUCUCCGUGGUCAUCGCGGCGAGGAACUAAGGCUGGCUGGUGGCCCCCGUGGGUCAGGACCUGUGCUGGGAUGUUGCCUCUCUCAUCCCAGGGACUUCCACCCACCCCUUCCCAGGGAUUCGUAGGAUCACGGAUGCUUUCUUGGCUGGAGGCGCUGGAUCCCCCUCCCGCCAUCCCCCCCACCCCAUAUCCCUCCCGGCAUCAGCAGGGACCCCCGAGCACCCUCGUAGCAAUCAGGGGCUCAGCCCCCCCCCCCCUCAAAGCUUUAGGGGAGGAACAGGGGGUAUGGGGUGGUUGUCACCAGCCUGGUGGCCCUGCUGCCAUGGGAUGGGAUGGGACGUGGAAGGAGCCCGUGUGGGUACACCCCAGCCCCUUGGUGUCUGUGGGAAGUGGCGUGGAUGUGCCCCCCACACACAUCCUGGGGGGCUGCUGGUGGCUCAACCCCCACCCCAGGCCCCCCCUUCCCUCCCUGGCACUUCCCCACAGUGCAAUGUCUAAAGGAAGCCAAAGAACCCCACAGAGGGAGGAAGGGAAGGAGGGAGGGGAGCAGAACCCCCUCUUCAGGCUGUGUUUUGAGGGUCCAAACUUCUUUUCUUUGGGGGGGGUCCCUCUGUACCCUGCAGCUCUCCCCAGCCCGGGGCCAUCCCCGCCUCAGCUCUGCUCUCGGGGGGGUCGUAGCAGUGUCCCUCCUGCCCCAAACUGACUGUGAACUUCCCAAAUAAAGGAGAAUUCCUUCA